AGUUUCUUUCAUGUCCAGAUUAGCUUCUCCAUUAUUUUUUCUUUUCAAACUUCAACCUCCCUCAUCUUUCUCAUAACAAGCUUCUCGCCAGCCAACUGCAGCGAACCAAUAACGAGCAAGAUCAGGAUUCGAUCUUUAGUUGCGCACUGCGCCCAAUGCGGAGAAUGAUAGAGCGCCAUAAUAGUAAAAGUGUUCCAUCGUUUAGUCUUUUACUUCAAAUUAGCGGAUGGAACCUCACGAGAAUAAAUCUAAUGAAACCAGCUCAUCAUCGAACGGGGACAUGAGGAGUUAUUCUAACUGGAUGGAAAAAUUACCAAACGAAAAACAAUUAUGCCCCCUAAAUAAAAUUACUGUACCCGGCUCUCACGACUCUGGUGCAUUUUGGCUUGACGAGGACAUGGGACUCGCACCGGACCGACCUAAAUUUGUUGCAAAUAUUAGUCAAAAACUUGGAUUACUUGAUAGCACUAUUAAAUCUUAUGUGAAGAAAUGGGCCAUGACUCAAAGUUUGAAUAUAGCCGAACAACUUUCAGCUGGUGUACGGUAUUUCGACUUCAGAAUUGCAUAUAGAAAGGAGAGUGAUGAAUUCCGGGUUGUUCAUAGCCUUUAUGGCAGUGAAGUUGAAGGAAUUCUUGAGGAAAUCAAAGUAUUUUUACGUGAAAAUUCUAAGGAAGUAGUACUUUUAGAUUUUAAUCAUCUGUAUGAUAUGGAAGUUGAAGAGCACCUGCGAUUGGGCAGUUUAAUUAACCAAUGCUUUGGACAAAUGUUGCAUUCCCCCAGAAAAGAUUUGUCUAUUGCAAGUCUUCAAGAGCUUUGGUUGGCUGGGGAACAGGUUAUUGUGUUUUAUCACAAUAAAGAUGUCAUUGAAAUGUUUCCAUCAUUUUUUGGAAAUGCUUCAAUAUCUUCAGACUGGCCUAAUACUGACGACUUGAACAAAUUAACUCAUCAUGUGUCUUCACAAGGACUUGCAAGCAAAGCUGCUAAUCUAUUUCAUGUUACACAGGCUAUUGCUACACCACAACCAUCAACAAUUUUUAGAAAUCUAUGGGGUUCGUUAAAGAGCUCCCUUUCAUGUAAAACAAAUGAAAAUGUUAAUUCAUUGCUCGAGUCAAAUCAUAACAAUUAUUCAUUUAAUGUCAUAUUAGUUGAUCAUGUUGCUUUUGAUGACCUUAUGUCUAAUAUUAUUAGUUAUAACUACAUAUAUUGAUUUUGUUUUAAAAUAUUUUAUGUAAUUUACAUUCAUCAGUCGUUGAUAGUCCAGCCUGCUUAUUUAAUUCUGCUAUGUAAAUUUCACAACAUUACCAUCUAUCUGCAGUAAACACAUUGAAUUUGUAGAGCUAA